AUGCUGUUGGAUAUAAAUUCGUAUUUUAUUCAUAAGGUUUUAGAAGUUUCGUCCAGAAGUCCAACGAAAAAAAUGGGGCCAUUCGAGAUUUCGCGGGCGGCUCUAACGGCAAAAUUGCCACCGCGGCUGCAUUAUUUGGCGCAGCCCAAACCGGAACCGGUCGACCCCGAGGCACGCGAACCCGUGCCGGUGCGGGACGAAUCCUGGUACAAGAGAAAAGUCGUGUUGAGUGCCAGGCAACUGGAACUGGCCAAACCCAGGCAGUAUCCGGACGACCCGGAAGAGAAGGUGGUGAGGACGACGCGGACGAUGACCAAACAGAUGUGGCUGGCCUAUCAGAAAAAGCUGGAGACGUUCGCCGCGCCCAAACGGACGCCACCGAGCCCCGUAUCGCCGGUGAGACGGAAAAAACCGCUGUCGGCGUUACUGCCGCGGCUCGAACAGUUGGCGAAGCCGGCGUACCGUCCGCCGAACAUGAACGAAAAGACGGACGAGGAGAUGAGAACGAUUAAAAAGUCAGCUCUGAAUUACCAAGCCAGCGACCGAAUUCUCAAACUAUCCGUUCCUAAGUCGUUGGACGGGGAGGCUCUGUUGGAUUUAAAUCAUGAGCAAGAGGAAAGGAGAAGGCUUGCAAAUGCAAAAAGAUAUGUUCUUUCAGAAAGGAUGAAAAAAUUGGCAGAGCCGUUAAUCAAGAAGCCAGGACUUUCGGAAGAUGUGAAAGAUAAUCCAUACAAAGUCAAUCCACGAGCAUUACAAUACAAGGCUACAGCUAGAAUAAAACGAUUGGCUCGUCCCAGGAUAAGAAAUUAAUUGCAUAUAGA